GGUUCUCGCCGACACGGCGCUGUAACAAAAAAAAGGGGGAAGGGUGUAGGCCAAAUAGAGAUACCUUUGUCAUUGUCUCGUAGAGUCUUGUUCGGUACACAUGAGGAGAGCGAACGAAGAAAUCUGAAGUCUUUAUUUAAAUUAUAUUCAUAGAUGUAUUUCUAAAAACUGGAAUAAAGAAAAAUCUUAGUUACAUAUUGCAUUAUGGGAAAUGUGUAAGGCGUUGUCACGUGACUUCUUUGUGUGCUUGCUUGGUCGCGUGUGAGUCAGGCUGUGUCGGCGGUAUCUUGUUCGAUUCAUUCAGCUGUUGGAGCUGCUUCUUGUGUUUAUCUGCAGCUUUCCAUUUACCACCCAUUCCAGCAAAAGUGUAUCUGGAUGUACGAAAGCUUGCGUGCUGCAAAUUUAUGCUUGGAAAGAGUUCUCCUUUGAAAUUGAUGCGGGCACUCCGGCCUGAGCAGUGCUAGGCUUUUGCCAUGGCGGUGGUAGGGCAGAGAGCAAGUUCUCGACAUGUUAUGGCUUUUCAUAAUUCUACCACAAGUCCAAGUGUCUCGAACAACCAGCAUGUUGGACUACUAGCUAUUCCAGUAUCGGGUUCCAUCAUCAGUCCAGUGACCUAUGCUUCAGAAACGCCGGACAGACCAAUUGGAUAUGGUGCUUUCGGCGUUGUCUGG